UUUUUUUUUUUUUGUUAAAAGUCGUCUCAAAACAGCCCUACUUCUCCUCACCUUUCUUUUUUCGCUUUUGACAUUCUUCUCUUUCUUCCUCUAUCUCGAUUUGCCGGAUAUCUUUUCUUUUCAUCGAAUUUUCAUCGGCGAAUUUUAUUUAUCCUCAAUGCUGUCGAAGGCUGCUUCAAAAUCUUCUCUGUGCCGCGGGCCUGCCCGUUUUAUUUGUCAAUUCUCCCAUGAUGUUCGUGUAACGAGAGUAGAUGAUGAAUCGAAGAUCCAUCAAUCCAGCUGGCAGCAUCAGAAAUUGGGACUUUCUGGCCCUUCUAGUAGAUGGAUUUCAAGCAGAGGCAAUACCACACAGUUCCAAAGGGUUUCAAAUGGUGAAACUGUCAUGCCAUCAGCAACGGGAGCUUUCAUGAACAGUAUGACAAGCAUGAGUUUGAAAACAGGUUGUAAUGGAGUCUUCUAUAAGGGUAACUUCAGCUCUAGCCUGCAGCUACAUCCGCAAAGGAGCUUUUCAUCAAAUGCAGACCUUCCUCCUCACCAAGAAAUAGGCAUGCCUUCUCUUUCACCUACCAUGGAAGAGGGUAAUAUUGCUAGAUGGUUGAAGAAAGAAGGGGACAAAGUUUCUCCGGGUGAUGUCAUUUGUGAAGUUGAAACAGAUAAAGCCACUGUGGAGAUGGAAUCCAUGGAGGAGGGUUAUAUAGCCAAGAUAAUCAAAGGAGAUGGUGCACAAGGAAUCAAAGUUGGUGAGGUGAUUGCUAUCACCGUCGAAGAGGAGGAAGAUAUUCUUAAAUUUAAGGAUUACACAUCUUCUGAAUUUAGCUCUGCUGUUCCUGAAAUCAAGAAACCAUGUGAACCUGAAGCUCCUGUAAAGCAAGAUGCUCCAGCACCUGCAGUUACUGAAGAGAAAAAUAUUCCAAAACCUAGUCAGAAAUCACCAGAAGAGGACCGCAUAUUUGCUAGUCCCCUUGCAAGGAAGUUGGCUGAGGAGCACAAAGUCUCUUUGUCCAGCAUUAAGGGAACAGGUCCUGAUGGACGCAUUUUGAAAGCUGACAUUGAAGAUUACUUGGCUUCUCUGGGCAAGGAAUCACCAGUUACUGUACCUAAAGCUUCUGAAGGAGUUGGUCUAGACUUCUCGGAUAUUCCUCAUUCUCAGAUAAGAAAGAUCACAGCUGCGCGCUUAUUAACGUCAAAACAAACUAUUCCGCAUUAUUAUUUGACAGUAGAUACAUGUGUGGACAAACUGAUGGAAUUGCGAAGCCAAUUAAAUUCAUUACAAGAGGCUUCUGGGGGGAAGAGGAUAUCUGUUAAUGAUCUUGUAAUCAAGGCUGCUGCUUUGGCCCUGAAGAAAGUCCCAGCAUGCAAUAGUUCUUGGACCAAUGAUUACAUACGCCAGUAUCAUAAUGUGAAUAUCAAUGUCGCAGUGCAGACUGAUAAUGGUUUAUAUGUUCCCGUUGUUCGGGACGCGGACAAGAAAGGUUUAUCUAUAAUUUCUGAAGAAGUUAAACAUUUGGCUCAGAAGGCAAGAGAAAAUAGCUUGAAACCAGCAGACUAUGAGGGUGGCACUUUUACUGUGUCCAACCUUGGAGGUCCUUUUGGAAUCAAACAAUUCUGUGCUAUCAUUAAUCCUCCUCAGGCAGCCAUUCUUGCAGUUGGCGCUGCUGAGAAGAGAGUUGUACCUGGAGUUGGUGCCGACCCAUAUAAAUUUGCUUCCUUCAUGUCCAUUACACUAAGCUGUGAUCAUCGUGUCAUCGAUGGCGCUAUUGGUGCAGAAUGGCUUAAAGCAUUUAAAGGCUACAUUGAAAACCCUGAAUCAAUGAUGCUCUAAAUUUGAUUUUUAGGUUUGUGAUCUGUUUUUAUUAACCAACUUAAUUAUAUUUUAAUCAAUUGGUUGAACUGUAGUUUUACGUCAACAAGAAGUCAAAGCUCUGAGUGAUGACUGUACAAUUUUGUAAUAAAUGAGGUAUAAGUCAUGUAAGUUGCUUAAUUGAUUUGCCCAAGCAAAAUACAGGAGGCACAAUACAGAUGUUAAGGCACAUCCUGUUGGAUGAUGGUUUGACUUUUAUCAUCAGGUCAAAAAAUUUGAGAUUUUUAAGCUCUCUUUCUAAGUUAUGUUGAAUUUGGUGUACGAAAAUAAAUUUCGACGCUGAUUAUAUUUAAUGUCAUUAUAUAAAUUGUGUUUUUGCUUAA